AUGUAUGCCAAGAUCAAUCCUCACGAGAGGCCAAGAAUACCAAGACUCAAAGGAUCACUGAAGAUAUUGGAAAGUGUUAGAAGGACAAAUGAAAUAAUGGAAAAAAUCAUGCCAGACAAUCUCAACAUCAAACAAGUCACUGACUAUGUUUAUGCCGGGGCUGCAACUGUGUGCGAAGAAAAUAACGUGAGGCUAAUUGUUACCAAAAGCCGAAUACGAGAGAACAGAGCACCACCAUGGAAGAUCCGCCUGGAAAAAAAAAUAGAGAGUAUACGAUCAAAAAUAGGAGUACUACAUACUUACCUGAACUCCAACUCGCCAUCCAGAAAAACAACUAAAAAGAUCUCAUGCAUAGCAUCAGAACACAAUGUAAGAGGUAGAGAUGGACCCUUCAAGCAAAAACUUGUGGUAAUAUAUGACACCCUGAAACAGAAAGCACAAGCAUUAGGGAAUAGGGUGAAACGAUAUAAUGAAAGGGUAAAAAGGUACAAGAAUAACCAGUUGUACUAUAAAAACCAAAAACAGUUCUACCGACAACUAGAGGAAACAACUACAGCUGAAGAGGAUUUCCCAAAACCCGAUGAAAUGCGCACAACAUGGGAAGAAAUCUGGAGCGACAAGGGAGAGCAUGAUGAUGGGGCGUCUUGGAUACGGGAAGCAGAGGAGGAAUCAAAAAAUUAUGUCAUGGAUCAGGUUACCAUCACUGAGGAUGAUGUUAGAGCAACAUUAAAAAAAACAUGCAACUGGUCUGCGCCGGGACCCGAUGGGCUACAUAAUUACUGGUGGAAGCACUUCAGCUCCACACAUAAAAAAAUAGCAAAGUUAUUUCAGCAGGCCUUGGUGAAUCCAUCUCAAUUACCGAACACCCUAACAUUUGGCAUAACUCACAUGAUUCCGAAGGGGCCGAAAAACAAUAAUCCCAAAGAUUAUAGGCCAAUUACCUGCUUACCUGUCGUAUAUAAAAUCCUGACAGGAGUGAUAACCCAAAAAAGCUGGAAACAUAUUGGAAAAAACAAAAUUCUAGCACGUGAACAGAAUGGAUGCCUAAAAGAUGCAAAGGGUAGCAAGGAGUUGCUACCUAUCGAUGGCAUGGAUUGA